AUGUCUGACCUCCCACCAAGAGGUUGGGGUGCAAGGCCCCCUGGGGCGGUUCCUAGAAGCCGUCGUGGGGGGGACUCAGGCUCCGCACCACCAGCAAUACCACCAUCGGUUGCUGGCUCAUCGCCCCUGGGCGGUGAUGCCUCACCAAUCUCGCCGGACCCUACCUCGACUAGGGCCACAUACUCGACAGUUGUGCCGUCUCGAUCUCGCCACACGUCGCCCUGCCGCAGGUCCCGUUCCACCACAGGUUCCACCCAUUCGUCCGCAGAUGAGUCUGACUCAGGGACGGCCCACCCCCAGGAGAUGGAGGUUGAGGGCACUCAGGGAGGGGAGGAGGUCUCGAGGGACCCCUCCGUCGACCUACUCUUAGGUCAAUACGCCUUGAAGUUCCAAGACACAGUCGAGGAUCUUCCUGGCGAUCUCGAGGUAUUGACCACCUCCAUUGCGAAGGCCACAGACUGGGUUCUGCGGGCAGUGCACCAUGAUCUGCUCUCUAUCGAUGGGGGUGAUGCCUUUGUGGCCCAGAUGACGUCCUUCGUGAACGCCGUCAUGGUCACUGACUUUAGUCGUAUUCGUGGGCCAGGCGAACUCGAUAACUUCUCGCUCACCUCUCUCCUCGAGGCUGAGACGUCUUCCAAGGACAAGCUGACCAUCCACCCGGCUCCUGUAUUCAGGCCUCCUCCUCCUGCUGCCUGUGGGCCGCUCGAUGAGGGUGUCGCUGGCGUAGGGGCCCCGCCCGAUGUCCUCAUGCAGGCUUUGGAUGACCUUGGUCGCCCGGCCUCCCUGUCUCACAUCCCCGCUUCCAAAAAGCGCAAGGGUGUUGAUCGUCCGGUUCCACCUCCUCCUCAGAAGAAGAGUAAGGUGGCCUACUCUCGCCCUAGUCCGCUUCCGCCAAUCAACCGCGCUACCAAACCCAAGCCCCGUCCAACAACGUGGGCAGGGAUCACACAACAGGCCGCUUCGAUGCCUCCCCCGCCUCCUGGCUUGGGACCGCAACAUCACGGGCCUUCUCCUCCUCUCCCUGCAUUCCCAACGGGCCUGAUGAAGACUUCAACUCAUCGGUCCGUUCCUUCUUUCACUUCCAAGGGCCCCCACCUGGAAGCAGGUUCUCGUGUCAUUCGGGGGUACCCCACCCGACCUCACAAAAAUCUUCACGGAGUCACCUCCAUUGUCCGCGCCUACGACGGGUUGUCGUUGGUCACCCCAGCUGUUGCCAGCCCAUCCGACUUGGACAUCCUGCACAACUUCAUCUGCGAGAGCCUUCCUACGGGUACCCCGUUUGAGGUUGCACUCCCAUCAUCAAUGUCUUUCAUAAAGAUCCUCGAUGUUCCCUACUUCGAUCCAAAAGGGUUGAAGAUCACCCAGGAGGCGCUUGAAAAGGCCCUCCCGGUGCUCAACAGCAGCCCGCUCACUAUCUACAAACACGUACACUAUGCGGCCUGGGUACUAAGUAAACUACUAAAAGACGUCCGCCCCCCAACCACGAGCCUUAUGGCUCAAACACCUAAACUCCCAUAA